AUGAGCUUUGCGGGAAGCUCUCGAAAUCCACAAAUCUGGGGAUCGGUUCGACAAGAAAAUGUCAAACACAAGGAUGGCGAUGCUCAGACGUGCAUUGAUGUCGGACAGAUAAUGGAGAAAGUUCGGAGAGACAAUUACGUGGCACGGCAAUCUUUUCUGUGAUGUUCAAAACGUUCUGAAUAUCUUUUCAGCGUCAUCAGCAAGCAUUGGAGCAGUCGGAUAACAUUGCGAACAACAUUCAGAACUGGAAGAAUUCGAACGAUCAGGACAUGAAGGAGGUCGGCUGAGAGCGGGUGAAAUGCGAGUGACGGAAAGAGUUUUCAGCUGGGAAAGCAGAUGGAAUUGCUGCAAAGACGGAAAGAACAGAUCCGGAAGAACUCGAUGGAAAUGCAUUUUUUGGCGGAUCAGUUGCGGCAGAAACUGGCCAGAAUGCAGCAGACGAAGCAGAUGAACGAGGCGAAGAACGGGCAUGACGGUGAGUUGGGAACGGAAGACGUGGCGAAUGAGAAAGAUUCAGAAGCGAUGCAAUGCUGA